AUGACCACUCCAGUCCUUCCCAAAGACUUCGUCUGGGGUUUUGCAACAGCUUCGCGCCCCAGAAGAAGACGCCGCGGCCCCUCCAUUUGGGACAAAUUCUGCAAGAUCCCCGGCAAAAUUGCAGACCACAGCAGCGGCGACGUAGCCUGCGAUUCGUACCACCGUACCGGAGAAGACAUUGCACUUCUGAAAGAGACCGGAGCACAAGCCUACCGCUUCUCCAUCUCCUGGUCCAGAAUCAUUCCGUUGGGAGGAAGAAACGAUCCUAUCAACCAAGCGGGCAUUGCAUACUAUGCUAAGUUGGUGGAUGACUUGCUAGAUGCGGGUAUUGUGCCUCUGGUUACCAUCUUCCAUUGGGACUUACCUGAUGAGCUUGAUAAGCGGUAUGGAGGCUUGUUGAACAAGGAGGAGUGGACGGAGGAUUAUGCGCAUUAUGCUCGUGUGCUGUUCGAGGCGUUACCUAAAGUCAAGUACUGGAUCACGUUCAAUGAGCCGUGGUGUAGCUCUAUCUUAGGGUAUAGCACUGGCUUGUUCGCGCCGGGACAUACGAGUGAUAGGAGCAAGAGCGACGUGGGGGAUAGUAGCCGUGAGCCUUGGCUUGUGGGGCAUAAUUUCCUGAUUGCACAUGGGAAGGCCGUAAAGAUUUAUAGAGAGGAGUUCAAGCCUAAGAACGGAGGUCAGAUUGGUAUUACCUUGAACGGCGACGGCGUCUACCCCUGGGACCCCUCCGACCCUCUCGACGUCGAAGCCGCGGAGCGCAAACUCGAAUUCAGCAUCUCCUGGUUCGCAGACCCCAUCUACCACGGCCACUACCCCGCAUCCAUGAUCGCGCAACUCGGGGACCGCCUCCCCUCCUUCACGCCCGAAGAGCUCGCGCUCGUGCAAGGCUCCAACGAUUUCUACGGCAUGAACCACUACACUGCCAACUACAUCAAGCACAAGACGACCCCCGCCGACCCCGCCGACUUCCUCGGCAACCUCGAAACGCUCUUCGAGAGCAAAAACGGCGAACUCAUCGGGCCAGAGACCCAAUCCUUCUGGCUCCGUCCCAAUCCCCGCGGCUUCCAUGACUUAAUCCUAUGGAUCUCGCACCGCUACAACAAUCCGCCCAUCUACGUCACGGAAUCCGGCACAUCUCUAAAAGGCGAGAAUGAUCUUCCCCUAGAAAGAAUCUUGGAGGAUGAUUUCCGCGUCGCGUAUUUCGAUGGCUAUGUCAGGGCGCUGGCGGAUGCUGUAAGCGAGGGUGCGGAUGUUAGGGGCUACAUGGCGUGGAGUCUGAUGGAUAAUUUUGAGUGGGCCGAGGGUUACGAGACGAGGUUUGGGGUUACGUUUGUUGAUUAUGAGGGCGGGCAGAAGAGGUACCCGAAGAAGAGCGCGAAGGCUAUUGGGCCGCUUUUUGAGAGUUUGAUUAAGAAGGAAUAA